AUGCGUCAGCAGUACAUUCACGUUUCCACUGAAGGACAAAAGGAGGAGAAAGACUCUGCUGCUUGCAACCCAUUCACACAGAGAGAAAUACAGAGAGGAGGGUGAGCGCUGGAGGUGAGGACUGCUGCUCUUGCCACUGUUGCCGUUGAUGGUCUUCUCUGCUGCGUGUGUGCAUGAGCGUGUUUGCGGUCUCUCUCCCUCGCGUGCUUUUUCUCCUGCCUACCUCCCACUGCAGAGCCACUGCCAACCCGCAGCCUCACAGCCAGAGCAGGCAAACUGCCACAACUUACUACCUCAAGACAAGGGAAAAUAAAGGAAUACCGCAGGAUCCACAACGGGGGAGGGAGGGCAAACUACGGAAUCCUCUGCAAGGUAUCUUUCUGAAAUUAGCCACACGUCAUACGGUGGCAUCAAUCUUUUUUUUUUUUCUGAGACUGAGAAAAGAGAGAAAGGAAGAAGGAGAGUGAGGAAGCCAGACAGAGAAAGAGUGUGUGAGAGAGAGAGCACAAGGAGCAAACGAUCAGCGGAUAGGGAGAGAGCUUCACUACUGCUGCGCUGCUUUUGAUGCUGCUCCCCCAUCCUCUUUCCCCCCUUCCCCAUUUUGCUCCCGCAACACCACCCCCGAGCCCCCCUCUGGAGAAAUUGAUGGAUUAUUGCUAACUGUGCACGCGGCAGUCCGCAGCUGCUACAGAAACAGACAGGAGAGCAGAGUGAGUUAAAAAAGCAAGACGGAAUGACCGCAGUGUACGUCUGUUAGCCUUUUUGGAUUCAUUAACAUACGGCUGGUCAGCUGAACAAGUGUCGCGGGGGGUGGAUGAUGGCAAACUAAAAAAAAAAAAGAAAAAAAAAAGCUUAGUCUACUGCAAAGGGGAGAAACGAACCUGAGAAGACUUUUUCUUUUUACAGUUUUCUUGGUUUAUUGUGCAUGUGCUUCGGCAAUGGAGUAUUAUGAAAAUUGUUCAGUGGUAUUCAGUGUCGCCUUCCAAGGACAAUCAAUAGCAGAGCUGAGAGGAGAUCUUUUCCAAGCUGACUGGAUUCGUGCACCUGCUUAGCUGACUGGGCCUUACCUCUUGAACCAGUUUCACUGAAUGCCGCUUCUCUUUGGAAUUAAUAGGAGCCAUUUUGUCAAAUCAGUUCAUGAUCCACUUUACUUUUAUAAGAUAAAUGGCUGAAAAUGAUGUGCUGUGAUCUUAGUGGGAAAUAUGAGUGAGCAGUGUUGGGGUUUUGCUUCCAAAUAAAGGAUUAUUCUAAGGACAACUCCGACCUAAUGAGCACCAUCCUGCACUGUCGAUGGCAAACAGAUGCAGAGUCUUGCUCAAACCAGGGUAGGGCCACUGUUCUCCGUACCCCAGCCGAAUCCCCACGCAAUGUUGAAUUAUGAACGCGCUACAUCAUGAGUCUCUUGUGGCUGGUAACUGUGCACCGUGCCUGGAACGCAGCCCUGCUCUUUGCAGUCUACCUCGUGGUUCGAUCAUGGAGCGUAUGCGCCGCCCCCUCCGGACCACUGACCUGCCCUGGUGUUUGUUCCUGUAGUAACCAGUUCAUUAAGGUGGUGUGCACCAGGCGCAGCCUGAUUCGAGUGCCCCCAGGUAUUCCUGCGACCACACGGCAUUUAAACUUGAUGGAGAACAGCAUAGAGACAAUUGAAGCUGGCACAUUUCAACACCUUCGUCACCUGGAGGUACUACAACUGGGUAGGAACUCUAUUCGUCAGAUUGAGGUGGGGGCCUUCAGUGGCCUCAACAGCCUCAACACACUGGAGCUGUUCGACAACCGAUUGACAGUGAUCCCAAGUGGCGCUUUUGAGUACUUGUCUAAACUGCGGGAAUUAUGGCUCAGGAACAACCCUAUCGAAAGCAUACCUUCCUACGCAUUUAAUCGUGUUCCCUCUCUAAUGCGUCUGGAUCUGGGAGAAUUAAAGAAACUGGAGUAUAUUUCUGAGGGUGCUUUUGAGGGAUUAUACAACUUGAAAUACUUAAACCUUGGAAUGUGUAACCUGCGGGAGAUGCCAGUCCUGACCCCUUUGGUGGGGCUGGAGGAGUUAGAGAUGUCUGAAAACUACUUCCCAGAGAUAAAACCUGGGUCUUUCAGGGGUUUGAAAUCUCUGAAAAAGCUUUGGAUUAUGAACUCUCGGAUCACCACUAUAGAGAGAAAUGCAUUUGAUGAUGUCACAGCCUUGGUUGAGCUCAACCUGGCCCAUAAUAACCUUAGCUCUUUGCCUCAUGAACUUUUUGCGUCCUUGAGUUACCUUGUGGAACUCCAUUUGCACCACAACCCUUGGCAGUGCAACUGUAAUGUGGUGUGGCUGGCUUGGUGGCUGAGGGAGUACAUUCCCACUAAUUCCACCUGCUGUGGACGCUGCCACACCCCUGCUUACUUACGUGGACGCUACCUGGUGGAGGUGGACCAGAGCACUUUCCAGUGCUCAGCACCUUACAUACUGGAUGCCCCAAGGGAUCUUAAUAUAUCUGCUGAACGUGUAGCUGAGUUAAAAUGUCACACAGCCCCUAUGUCAUCAGUUAGGUGGCUCCUGCCUAAUGGAACUGUUUUGACCCAUGGCUCUAAUCAUCCACGGAUAUCAGUGCUCAAUGAUGGGACGCUAAACUUCUCCAACGUGCUGCCAGCAGAUACAGGUGUGUACACCUGCAUGGUCACCAACAUUGCUGGCAACUCCAAUGCUUCAGCCUACCUGAAUGUGACUGCAGCUGAGCUCAACACUUCUAACCUGAGUUACUUCACUACAGUGACAGUGGAGGAAGUGGAACCCACCUCACAGGAAGUGAUCAAGCCAAAGACGGUAACCGCCUCGCCCUCCGUCUUUCAACCUGUUUUUAUCUCUACACCGACAGUUUUACUUCAAACACCUCGACAGGUCUCUGUGCCAACUGUACGUGGAACGACAGGUCCACCUGCCAGUCUUGACGAGGUCAUGAAGACAACUAAGAUCAUCAUUGGCUGCUUUGUGGCAGUCACCCUGCUUGCUGCCAUUAUGCUCAUAGCUUUCUACAAGCUGCGUAAAAGGCACCAGCAAAGGAGCUCUGUGGUAUCUGCUAGGACUACAGAUGACAUUCAGAUGAAUAGGAAUGUUCCUACCACCCAUGGAGGGACAAGUAUACCAGGUGAAAGUGGCAUGAUAUCACCUAGCCUGAGAGAUCACAAGAACACUUACAAACUCAGCUUCAGCUCCUACAAAUCAGCACACUCUUCUCCCUGGCUAGACAACAACUUUGGAAACUCCCUGCACCAUUCCCGCCCCACAACCAUCAGCACCAUCCCUGAACACUACCUGAACAAAACUCACACAAAGGAGAAGGUACAGGAAACACAAAUAUAACAUUCCUACAGCCUUCUGCUCUGUCUUUUAUUCUGUUCACCAUGAAAACAUGCAAUAGAAUGCACAACAGAAAAGACAGCAAUUACUUUUGUACCCAGUGCAAAAAUGAGACUGUUUUUCUUGUACAUGCUUAUACAUAAAUAUAUUAAUAUAAAUAUAUAAAUUAAUCCACUAUGGGAUGAUACAAGAAACAGAUUAUAUAAAAGUGAAAAUGAAUUUAAACUAUUUUGUAACUCCUAUUUAAGAUGGGAAAAUGUGAUGAUGCUGAUACAACAGAUACAACAGUGCAAUGAAGACAGAUUUGUUUGAAAAGGGGCAACCUGUGAUUUUUAGAACAUGCUGUAUAUGAUGCAGUAAAGUCCCAUUUAUACAGAUAACUUUCUAAGUAACUGUCCACUGAUUGAUCUUUAAAGGCUUAUCUUCUAAAAGCACCAAGAAUUUGUAUUGUGCCAAAUGUUAUACUUGCAAUAAAUGAGACUGGCUUAAGAGACAAAACAUUGCAAAACACAGGUUGGACACCAAGGGAGUCUGCUGUUCUGCAGCUCUCAGCCAAAAGAUUUCUUUUGGGCUGCGCCAUAGUUUUGCAGCAAGUGUUUAACAGUAUCUUUCCAGAACAGACAUCCUGCUUGCUUUUUGAGUUUAACCUUCUGACUAUUACUCUGAUGUCCUCCUGGUUUUUUUUGACAAAUUGGAUUGACUAUCAUGUGGUUUUUCCAUCCAGUUUGCUGAGUACGAUUUUAGU